AUGAGACUCAACGCAAUAGUCCUAAGUCUUAUCGCGCCUUCACAGGCGGCUCUUCGAUUCGGAUGCUCUACAGUGAGCAUCCAGCGCCUUGAUCCUUUAGUCGAGCCUGGGAAUACGCCAUCAGCGCAUGUUCAUCAGAUUGUCGGUGGAAAUGCUUUCAAUGCGACCAUGGAAGUAAGAUUAUUAUAUCAGUCAUCGCGAGCAACUCUUAUAUCAAACCAUACUGACGAUUCCACCAUAGACUGGACUGCAGUCAUGUUCUUCAAGCAUACGAAUGGGUCGUACAAGCGCGUGCCCAUCAUGCAGAAUGCAGCAUUGCCUAAUGGAAUCAACGGCGGCAUGACUAUAUACUACACCCAGCACGACUUCAACGGCAACGGGAAGGACAAGAUUACUUCCUUCAAGCCUGGAUUUCGGAUGACUGUCGGUUCUCCAACGACGCCUACUCUUGAUGCAGCCAAGAAGAAUGUCGGCCUACGAUAUGUUUGCUUGAAUGAUAAAAACACUAGAUUUCCCGAACUUCCAGAUUUCCCACCAAAGCCCUGCAAGGGAGGCAUCAUGACUGUACACCACUUCCCCUCAUGCUGGGACGGCAAGAAUCUUGACUCUCCAGACCACCAGUCCCACAUGUUCAACACAGGAAAGGAGGCCUUCCAGCCCGCCGGACCAUGCCCAGCCUCUCAUCCCGUAAAGAUGCCUCAGGUAGCCUAUGAAACGCUUUGGGACACUGCUCAAUUCAAGGAUAUGUGGCCAGCUGACGGUUCUAACCCAUUUGUGUUGAGCUUUGGCGAUCAAAAGGGUUACGGCACGCAUGCCGACUACUUGUUCGGAUGGAAGGGCGAUUCUCUGCAAAGGGCUAUGGAUUCAAGCUGCAUGUUCAAUGCUUGCGAGAACGGGAAGCCUCUCAAGUCACAAUCGGUCGCUGAAAUGAAUAAAUGCCAGGCUAAGAAGCGCGUAACUGAGAAUCUUGAUGGAUGUAAGUCAUCAAAUAAAAAGAUUUCUUGUCAGGUCCAACACUAA